AUGGACACUGAACAACAAGUGACUAUUAAGCUUCUAUUUCAGGAGAGUUGUAGGCAACUAAUCUCCACAAUGGUUUAUGCAAAGUGUGAUUCUGCUGCAAGAUUAGAGUUGUGGGAUAAUGGUGAAUGGGUGGACAAUUUGGAUGAUAUUCUUCUUGAAGUUAUUUCAUUCUAUCAAAAUCAAUUUUCUCGGGAAAGUGGUGGAGUUGACUCAAAUUCUUUGGAUCACAUUCCUGAGAGAAUCUCAGAGGAUCAAAAUAACUUCUUGUGUGCUAAACCAACUCUUGAAGAGGUGAAAAAUGUUGUUUUUGCAUUAUCAGCUGAUAGUGCUUGUGGACCUGAUGGUUUUUCUGGAGUUUUUUAUCAAAGUAGCUUUUAUGAGGGACAAACUUUACCAAAGUCAGUAACUCAUACAAACCUGGUCCUCUUGCCUAAGAAAGAAAUAAUCAACACUUUCUCAGACCUGAGGCCAAUCAGCCUCAGCAAUUUCAUAAACAAGAUUAUUUCCAGACAAUUACAUAAUAAGCUAGAGGUGAUUCUGCCAUCUCUAAUAUCUCCAAAUCAGUCUGGAUUUGUAAAGGGUAGAAAUAUUAUUGAAAAUGUGUUGCUUACUCAAGAAUUGGUGGCAGAUAUCAUAAAGAGGGGGAAACAUGCUAAUGUCAUCAUUAAGCUAGAUAUGGCAAAGGCUUAUGAUAGACUUUCUUGGAGGUUCCUUGUUCAAGUUCUCAGAAAGAUGGGAUUUGCAGAAGAGUAUGUAGACAUAGUAUGGAGAUUAAUUGCUAAUAACUGGUAUUCCAUUCUCAUUAAUGGACAAUCUUUUGGUUUUUUCCAUUCUACAAGAGGGGUCAGACAGGGAGAUCCUCUAUCUCCUGCUCUUUUUAUUCUAACUGCUGAGGUACUGUCUAUGGCUCUUAAUUCAUUAUUUGAAAAAGACAGUUUUAGAGGAUAUGGUAUGCCAAAGUGGAGUACAAAGUUGAAUCAUCUGUCUUAUGCAGAUGAUACUAUCAUAUUUGCAUCUGCAGAUAAAGCAUCCUUGGAGAUGAUUGUGGAUAAUGAGCUGAAUCAGGAGGUACAGCAAAUAACAGGCUUCAACAAAGGUGACUUCCCAUUUACUUAUUUGGGAUGUCCUAUCUUUCAUGCUAGAAGGCAGAAGUUGUUCUAUAAAGAUAUGAUGAAGAAAGUGAAGGACAGGUUGCAGGCUUGGAGAGCUAAACUACUGUCAUUUGGAGGGAAAGUUGUAUUGAUCUCAAGUGUUUUACAAAGCAUCCCCAUUUAUCUAAUGUCUGCUAUGGUGCCCCCAAAAUGUGUCAUUAAGGAUCUGCACAAGUUAUUUAAUAGAUUCUUUUGGCAAACCAAGGAAGAAGGAAGAAGACAAGCAGUACACUGUGGUCCAAUUUCAUGUGGAACAAAUAUUGUAAAAGGUUCAGACCAACUGUGGUUCAGUGGAAAGGGGAUCUCGGACUUGGAAGAUGAUCGCAAGCUAGAGAUGAAAUGGAACAUGGUAUUUGGUGGGAACCCAAGAAUGGAUCUUCUUCAAUCUAGUUUGAUAAUUGUUUUAGGAGAUGAGCUUGAAGAGUUGAUGAAUGAAAGUCAGUGGAACUAUGCAAAGCUACAAGAGGUGUUACCAGCAGACAUUAUUGAUCAUGUUAGAAUGGAACUGGGACAUUUUGUGAGAACAAAUGAGAUAGAUAAGCCAUGGUGGAUGUUCACAAGCUCUGGUAAGUUUACAGUUAAAAGUGCAUGGGAGGAGUUGAGAAAAAGAAAGCAGAUAUCAACUGUUAAGCAGACAGUCUUGCGCUGGUGGAACUCUCAAACUGCUACAAGAUUAAAGCCUUUAUAUCAAGCAAUUCCUGCUUUGGUGAAGUGGACUUUCCCAGAUAGAAGAUGCUUUAAAUGCAACACUGAUGGUGCUUCUAAAGGGAAUCCAGGACCAAGUUCAGCAGCCUUUUGUAGUAGAGAUAGUUCAGGAGAGUUUAUAUAUGCUAAGAGGGAAUCAAGUCGUGUUCUACAUGAGUUAUUGCCUGUUAUAGUGGAAACAGAUUCCCUUACAAUGCAAAAGGUACUGGAUGGUAUUUGGAAGGUGCCAUGGAACAUUGCUCUACCAGUGAGGUGUAUACAAAGAUGGAGGAAGGACAAAGAUAUUUCAGUGGUGCAUGUGUUCAGAGAAGGAAACAGUGUGGCAGAUUAUUUUACUAAUCUGGUCUUUGAUUUUGCAGAGUUAGAUCAACAACAAAACAGGCUUCCUACAGCAAUCAGGACAACAGCAGCUCAGAACAUCAAUGAAGGCGGGGAAGGGGAUGCAACGGGAAAUAACUUUGUUUUGUGGCGGAUCGAGGUUAAAGAGGUCGAGGGGGCUAUACGUAAGAUGAGUAGGGGAAGAGCGACCGGGCCAGAUGAAAUCCCGGUAGAAUCUUGGAAGAAUGUGGACAGAGGAGGCUUGGAGUGGCUUACGCGGUUGUUGAAUGUUAUUGUUAAGACGUCGAAGAUGCCUGAAGAGUGGAGAUGGAGCACCAUGGUCCCGUUGUACAAGAGCAAGGGGGAUAUCCAAAACUGCAAAAACUAUAAGGGUAUCAAGCUAUUGUGUCACACGAUGAAAGUUUGGGAGAGAGUGGUGGAAGCAAGGAUGAGGAAGAUAGUGUCUAUUUCGGAGAACUAG